UUCUAUUAUUUCAGUCUCAAGAUUAACAUUUCAUGACCACCAUGAAAGGCUCUUCAGAGAAGCCAAGCUUUUUUCAUCCCAUCAGGUCAAGUUUCAAGCAAGGAAUUAGUCUUCCUAAUGAACUUUUGAAGCAUCUGAAGGGACAUGAUCAGUAUGAACAUGCAAUACUGAGAUGGGCCGAUAAAGAGUGGCUGGUGAAAUUGAACGGUGUGAGACUAGAAGACGGUCUUGAAAAUUUUGCAGAGCAAAAUAAUUUGGAGGAGGGAGAUGUCUUGGUGUUCAAACAUGAAGGAGAUAUGAAAUUUGAAGUUCUCAAGUUUGAUUUAUCUAAUCAAUGUGAGAUAGAAGAACAACAAAAAGCACAAAAAAUUGAGAAGACUUCUGAGAGAUCUAAAUCCAAAGGAGCUGCUACGCACAAGCAUUUAGAUCAUUCCCGUUUUGUAUGUACUAUUAGACCAUAUUGUUUUAAAUAUGGUUACUUGUGUCUUCCUAUAGCAUUUGUAUUGAACAACAAUCUCCGGGACAAGAUAGGCAAUUUGAUUAUUAGAGAUGAAAAACAGAGAUCGUGGAAUUUAAGACUAAAUUCUUUUAGUCCGAAACGAUUCGUUCUUAAUGGUGGAUGGGCUGAAUUUAGUGUUGCAAAUGAUAUAAAGGAGGGAGAUGAAGUAAUGUUUGAGAUUGUUACUAAUGAAGAGAAACCAAUAUGGCAAUAUCAGAUGAGUGAUUUUAACUUUUAA